AUGUCGGCAGAAGAGACGAAUAAACGGAUCCAAGAGACGGUGCAAAAAGAGCUGGAAGGUACAGAUUAUGCUGUAUCAUCUUUCACACCUCUGUCUGGGGGGACUGCAAACUUCAUUUACCACGCCAAACUUCAGAAGCCUCUGCCAGACGGUGUGUCCGAGGUUGUGCUGAAACAUGGCGAAGCAUAUGUUGCCCAACAUCCCGACUUCAAACUGAAAAUGGUUCGAUGCAACAUUGAAGAGGAAGGCCUACGAUUCCUCUCACAAUUUCCACACGUGAUUUCGUCGACAUACGAAAUUGGGACUCCGAAACUGUACCACUUCAACCCUGAAAGUAGUACUCAGAUUCAGGAAUACGUGUCUAAUGCUGUCAAUCUCAAAGACUAUGCUCUCCGCCACUAUCAACCUGCUACUUCUGAGGCAGUCAAACCACAAUGCCUUCAACUUGGAUUGGGUUUAGGUCGGUGGCUGCGGGAAUUCCACAAUUGGAGCGACCAGCCAGAGCAGCAGGGCCUGCGUGAUCUGUUCGCACAGAAUACAGACAUGCGGAACAUCAAAAAGCUCAUCAAUUAUGACCAACUGCUUGGAAGGGUGAACAUGUUCCCAACCAUUCUACAGGAGUACAAGGACGUUUUGCAGGAAAUUGUAAAGAUGGCCACGGCUGAAUUGGUAGAAGAGAGCCAACUGAGUGCAAUCCAUGGUGACUUUUGGACCGGCAAUGUGCUGCUGCCAAAUAUUACUUUUGCAGAUGGCCAGCUGGUUCCAGUUCGGAUUAUUGACUGGGAAAUGGCGCAGGUCGGUGUACGAGCCGAAGACCUCGGCCAGCUGAUUGCCGAACUAUGGCAGCUGAAACUAUACAAGGAUAUUGAUGCCGCCCUCUGGAUUAUUCGCGGCUUUGUAGAGGGAUACGGCAAGCUUGAUACUGAUGUCAUCUUCCGCGUGCUCAUUCAUGUCGGUGCUCACCUAGUAUGCAUUGGAUCUACGACGCCUGGAUGGGGGACACCGGAGGAAGGUCGGAAUAUUGCCAAGAUCGGAAGAGACGUCUUGCUUAGCGCUUGGAGGAAAGACGCGAAAGCAUUUGAAGAGCAUGAUCUUCAAUGCCUCUUUGCUUAG